AAUAAAUACCACCUUCACUCCCUCAAAGAAACAACAAAUACUAAAAACAUGGCCAGGCACAAUAUCCUCCUCAUAGCUUCCCUUCUUGCAUUAGCACUCUUCUUUGCCCACACCAACGCCUCAAGGGAAGAAGAUAUGAAAGAAAGAUGCAGCAAGAAAAUCGAGAGUUUGAACCUAAAACCCUGUGAGAAUCACCUAAUGAGGAUGAUUCGAAAGGACCAGGACGAGGACGAAGACAAGAAUGUUCUGAAAAUGAAGGGAAUCAACUACAUUCCUCGCGGGGAUAACCCGAAGGAGAAGUGUUGUGAUCAGCUUAGUGAAGUCCACAUGUUGGAUUGUAGGUGUCAAGCUUUGCAAGAGAUAAUGGAUAAUUUGAAUGAUAGGUUGCCUAAGAAGGAAAUGGAAGAUGCUGAGAAGAAGGUGAAGAUGUUGCCUUUGAGCUGUGGCAUUGCACCACCUUUGGGGUGUGACUUGAACUUGGAUAACUAAAAAGUAAGGGAUCGUGUGAUAUAUAACUUAAUUAAUUGUGGUAUUAAUUAAGUUAUAUCUAUCUAUCUAUGCUUUUGUAAUGUGGAAUAAAGGUCAUGAAAUGAAAGCACAUUUGUGCUUUAUGGCUCUUAAGACUAUGUUGUGUUUUGUCUUUUAUAAAUAAAAUAAAAAUCUCGGAUGAUUUUUAAA